GCAGUUCUGUAGCGUGUUGGUCGAUCGGUCGUGUUGAAAUGUCUGGACGCGGAAAGCAAGGGGGCAAAGCCAGGGCGAAGGCCAAGACCCGCUCCUCCCGGGCUGGCCUGCAGUUCCCGGUGGGUCGCGUCCACCGCCUGCUGCGGAAGGGCAACUACGCCGAGCGGGUGGGCGCCGGGGCCCCCGUCUACCUGGCCGCCGUCCUCGAGUACCUGACGGCCGAGAUCCUCGAGCUGGCCGGCAACGCCGCCCGGGACAACAAGAAGACCCGCAUCAUCCCCCGGCACCUCCAGCUCGCCUGGAAGGCAGAGUUUGUUUUAAUCUCGCCCUCGCUUUCCCCUCUCAAGUGGCAUUUUAUGAUCCCGUUCUGCUUGCGCUGA